AUGACAAACAUUGCAUCCUUUCCAGUGACCGUCAGUGCACAUUCGACUUUAAACUUUUCCAAAGGAGUAAUAUCUUGCGGAGAACUUUUUCAUACUCCAGUUGCUGAAAUAACUAAGGAUUUGGGAAGUCAAGGGGUUACUUAUGUCCGUCGUAUAACAAUACGAAAAGAUGGACGCCUUGAAACCAAGCAUUUGAUACUAACAUUUCAUUCGUCUAAAAUACCUGAAUACAUUAAAGCUGGUUACAUGAAAUUGGCAGUCCGGCCUUAUAUCCCCAAUCCCUUACGAUGUUUCAAGUGUCAGCGUUUUGGUCACUCCAAAGCUUCUUGCCGCGGAUCUCUAACUUGCGCCAGCUGUGCAGAAAUAGGUCAUGAAAACUCUGACUGUACCGCAUCGGAAAAAUGCUUCAAUUGCAAAGGUUCGCAUAUGUCCUUUUCUCGCUCCUGUCCAUCGUGGAUAUUGGAAAAGGAAGUGAUUGCUGAAAAGGUGAAGAAAGGCAUUUCAUAUCCAGAAGCAAAGCGAAUGGUGAAAGCUCGUAGACCUGUUGAUUGA